AUUACAGUCUAGGGCUUGCUGCUGAAAAGCCCGCUGGAUCCUCCACUGACCUGCUGUUCUUUCCUGCUUUCCUCUUGCGUUUUUUCCACAUUUAGAUUAAAAACAAAGCUCUCACUCUCUCUCUCUCUCUCUCUCUCUCUCACUCCCUUCUCCCCUCCCUCCUCCUUCUUCUUCUUCUCCCUUCUUCUCCUUCUUCUUUUCUGCUGCAGCAGUCAAGGCAGAGGCUUCAGUGUGUCAGAGAGAGGGUGAAGAGGAGGAAAAAGCAGAGAAGAAGACUAUUUGGACGGUGCUGAGUGUGUGUUUAUGUUUGUGUGUUUCGCCAUUGGACGGCCGGGUGAAGGGACACGAGGAGCAGAGUAGGAGGAGGAAGAGGAGAAGAAGAAGAAGAGGGGAGCCUGCCUGGAUGAAAUUCUCUGUGUCAUGUCACUACAUGUGGACCUUGACUGAUCACAGGUUGAGGAAAAGGGAGACAGACACUGAGAAGAAGACGAGGAGGUGGAGAGAGAGAGGAGGAGAAACUGAGACUUUGGUUUCACUGGGAAAAGAAGAAGGAGGAGGUAAAGUCUGGUGCUCCGUUUUAUCAUGACAUUGUUGGAUAAACAAACCGACGGACUGAGCGCUCUUCAGUUGUGUGUCAACAGGAAUUCGCCUUAGAAGACAGAGAGAGGGAGAGCUAGGAAGAAAAGAAGGAGAGAGACUCUGGAAGAGUACAGACUGCUGUGUUCAACCCAGCUAAGGAGCAGGCACUGGACUUACUCAGUGUGUGUGUGAGUCUGUGCGGGUUUGUGUGUGUGUGUGUGUGUGUGUGUGUGUGUGUGUGUGUUGUGUGGCCGUGUAACCGGUGGAGGGCAGAGGAGUGGAGGGCCAGGGGACUAACCUGGCCAUCAAACGGACUGGCAGCCUCUCCUCUCCUGGGAUCAUGUACCCUCAGGGCAGGCAUCCGGUCCCCUUGCAGCCCGGCCAGUCUUUCAAGUUCACAGUCCUGGAAACUCUGGACCGUAUCAAGGAGGAAUUCCAGUUCCUCCAGGCGCAGUAUCACAGCCUGAAGCUGGAGUGUGAGAAGCUGGCCAGUGAGAAGACUGAGAUGCAGAGGCACUACAUCAUGUACUAUGAAAUGUCCUAUGGUCUCAACAUUGAGAUGCACAAACAGGCGGAGAUUGUCAAGCGUCUCAGUGCCAUCUGCGCUCAGAUCAUCCCUUUCCUCUCUCAAGAGCACCAGCAACAGGUGGUCCAAGCAGUGGAGAGGGCCAAGCAGGUCACCAUGGCUGAACUCAACGCCAUUAUCGGGCAGCAGCUCCAGCACCUGUCUCACCACGCCCCUGGCAUCCCCCUGACUCCACACCCAUCAGGCCUGUCCCUGGGCGCAGGGGGCUCAGGGCUUCUUGCAUUGACAGGGGCCCUGGGAGUCUCAGCCCACCUUGCCUCCAAAGAUGAACGCAACCACCUUGACCCAGAACAUCUCAGAGAGGGAGCACCCAGCAGGAGUAAGUCAGUGUCAUCAACAGACAGUCAGCCCACUGAGGAGCGCCAAGGCCCAUCAGGAGGCUAUUCCUCCUCGCAGGGAGGAGCUGAGGCAAAGAGGAGGCGCUGUGACGACAAAGAGCCACUUGCGCCACACUCCUAUGAUAGUGAUGGAGACAAGAGUGAAGACAAUCUCGUAGUGGACGUCUCCAAUGAAGAGCCUAACUCUCCUGCGGGCAGCCCUCCUCACUCCCCCCACGGGAACGGGUUAGACCGGGCUCCUACCCUAAGGAAGGAGCUCCCGGGCUCCUCAAGCACAGGAGAGGCCCCGUCCACCCCAAACCCCCGCAGCCCCACCCCAGGGAAGGCCAAGGACCCUGCACAGAUGGAUAAGUCCCAGUCUCCAUUGUCCAAGUCUGGCACUCCAUCCCCGUCCCACCGUGAGGCCCUUACCCCUGGAGCCCCAGGAGCCCCUGGUCCAAGCACCUCCUGCCUUCGUUUGGUCAGCAAAGCAGCAUCCAGUGCAGACCCCCUUGCUCUCCGCAGUCCCAUGUCUGUGCCCCCCGGUUCAUACCCGGCUCAUUUUGGCGUGGUGUCCCACGCAGGACUGAAUGGGGAGCUGGCCAGCCCAGGAGGUUUCGGGGGGGCUCUAACUCUUUCCCCACAAAUCAGCGCAGCAGCCAAUGCCUACUCCCGAAGCCCCAUGGUGGCAUAUGACUCUCGGUCUCACCUGAGGGCCCCAGGGCUGUCCUCCUCUCUGCCUGGUUCCUCUGGCGGCAAGCCCGCCUACUCGUUCCAUGUGAGCGCAGAUGGCCAGAUGCAGCCGGUGCCCUUCCCCCCUGACGCUCUUUUGGGUCCGGGAAUCCCUCGCCACGCCCGUCAGAUUCACAGCCUGAACCAUGGAGAGGUGGUGUGUGCCGUCACCAUCAGCACCUCGACGCGCCACGUCUACACUGGAGGCAAGGGCUGCGUCAAGGUGUGGGACAUCAGCCAGCCAGGAAGCAAGAGCCCCAUGGCCCAGCUGGACUGUCUGAACAGGGAUAACUACAUCCGCUCCUGUAAAAUCCUCCCCGACGGGCGAACCUUGAUUGUCGGCGGGGAGGCCAGCACGCUGUCAAUCUGGGAUUUGGCCACACCCACUCCUCGCAUCAAGGCAGAGCUGACGUCGUCUGCUCCCGCUUGCUACGCUCUGGCCAUCUCCCCUGACAACAAGGUCUGCUUCUCCUGCUGCAGCGACGGCAACAUCGUCGUCUGGGACCUUCACAACCAGACUCUGGUCAGGCAGUUCCAGGGCCACACAGAUGGAGCGAGCUGCAUCGACAUCUCCAACGACGGCACCAAACUGUGGACGGGAGGGCUGGACAACACGGUCCGCUGCUGGGACCUCCGAGAGGGACGGCAGCUCCAGCAACACGACUUCACCUCGCAGAUCUUCUCUCUGGGCUACUGUCCGACAGGCGAGUGGCUGGCUGUGGGAAUGGAGAGCAGUAACGUGGAAGUCCUACAUGUCUCCAAACCUGACAAGUACCAGCUGCACCUCCACGAGAGCUGCGUUCUCUCCCUCAAGUUUGCCUACUGCGGCAAGUGGUUCGUGAGCACAGGAAAAGACAAUCUGUUGAAUGCAUGGAGGACACCAUAUGGAGCCAGUAUUUUCCAGUCCAAGGAGUCCUCGUCUGUGCUGAGCUGUGACGUCUCCCCGGACGACAAGUACAUAGUGACAGGCUCUGGGGACAAGAAGGCCACGGUGUACGAGGUGGUGUACUGAGGGCCGGGACAAGAUGGGAAGAGACAGGAGGGAGAUUUUGGGGUGUUUUUUUGGAUGAUGGGGGGGCAACCAGUUGCCCUGCCAACUGCUCCUGAUCCUCAUUACAUCAGCAACAGCAGCACCCCCGUCUCAGUCCUCCUGACCCUCACCCCUAAUACAUCACCCCCCUCUCCCCCUUUUUGCUGUGAUAUAAGCUACAAUGGAAGCACCCAAAUGCCCCCUCCCCCCUUCCACUUUUAGCCCAAGGAUGAGGCAUAAUAGCAGAGAGAGAGAGGCAGAAAGGGAAGCGGCAAGAUAAGAAGGACAAAAGAAAAGCGUGGUGGAGCAUAAAGAUAAAGUCGGGAAGCAGAAGAGGGAAAGACAAGAAGGAGGAGAGAAGAUGGGAAGGAAGAGAAAUGAAAGGGAGGAGGAGGAGGAGGAGGAGAAGGAGGGAGGCAGGGUAAUUAGGGCUGUUUCCUGAUUAAGAGCUCAGUGGAAGGGAGGCCCCCAGAGGAGGCACAGAGCGGCACUGUGGGAGCGCCAGCCAGGAGCACUGAUACCACACAAUCGAUUCAUUAGCCAGACAGUGGAAGCCUUAAUGAGGCUGACGCCGCAGCUUGCUCUCCCCAGCGAGAGGUGUCAGGAGCUGGGGAAUGAUGACGCUCCGAGAUGGAGGGGGCCGCUUCAGAUAUCCACAUACACUGACAUGAAACAUAGACCUGCUCUCACUCACACACACACACAAGGGCAAGAAUACACACACUUACUCGGAUACACCCCCUUGAGGUAAUCGUAGGAAGACAGAAACACACACACACACACACACACACACACACACACACACACACACACACACACACAGAGCACCCAAUUAAACAUUCAUUGCAGCGCUCCCCAUCUCACUGCUUAAUAUCUAUUUUAUUUUGGUCUGACAAAGGCAGCGUCUAAUGAGCAGCGGAGUCAAUGGGAUUCUCCCAGGGCCCAGAGACACAAACAGAGAACAUCAGCCAAGCUGUGUUGUCUAAUUCCUCUGGAUUGUUCUCCUGACACCGGGCGCUGCAUUCACUCUCAUUAAAAGCACUGUCAGCUAGAUGAAGUAGCAGCAUGCCAACUUCACUGUAAGGCAGACAAGAGGGCAAAUUAACACCACCCGAUUACACUAUCAUUAGAAGCCAACUAAGCAGCGACUAAUCUGAAUCCUUUCAAAUUUUAUGCAACUAGUUGCUGUUUUCAUUUGCAAACCACAUGAGAUUACGUUUAUCAGAGUCAUCAUCUCCAUCUCUGCCUGCCUGCUGAUGUGCUAGUGUUUAAAGUGCUCCAGCUAAAUCUUGUUCGGUAAGCUAUUAAUUGCUAUUAAUUGAGAUGCUAAACACCUUAAUGGAAAAGUUCGACAUUUUGAGGAAUAUGCCUAUUCACUAUCUUGCCAAGAUUUAGAUGAGAAGAUCGAUACUACUCUCAUGUCUGUAGUCAAAGUCUAAGUAGUCUCACCUAGCUUAGUGUAAAGACUGAAAAUGUCUCACCUAGCUUAGCGUAAAGACUGAAAAUGGGGAAACAGCUAGCCUGGCUCUGUCCAAAGGUAACAAAACUGCCUACCAGUGCCUCUGAAGCUCAUCAAUUAACACAUUAUAUCUCAUCAAGUGUUACAGUGACAAUUUGCUGUUUUACGGGGGUUAUGUGCCGGAGCACUAACUUCCAUGAGUGUCCGCUGGUUUCCUGGGAACUGGUCCGAGUCAAGAAAUAGUCAUUUAACCACCCUAUAAAAUGGCACAGAUUUGUAUGCUUUAUGCUAAGCUAAGCUAACCGGCAGCUGGCUGUAGACUUAUAUUUACUGUACAGACAUGAGUGGUAUCAAUCUUCUCAUCUAUGUCUCAGCAAGACAGCAAAUAAGAGUAUUUCCCGAGAUGUUGAACUAUUCCUUUAAACCCAAUUCUUACUUUUCAAUCCUUCUUGUAUCAUAUUCCAAACUGGCAGGCAAACUGUAUAUCAGAGCUCUCUGCUUCUGUAGAACAUGCGUCACCAAUGUGUAGACUAAAAAAGGCACAUUUCAAGCUUUUCUUUUAUUACUCAUUUAUUUCAGUCUUUUUUAUGAAUAGUGAUUGCUCGUCUUAUGUAAUGAUAUGUUUAUGUAUUGGGGUUGCCUGUGACUGUGUUUUGGGUUCGGGGGAGCAAACAGAGAGAGGGAUGCACUCACACAUGGAGACAAAAUCAAGUGGAACACAGGUGGGAAAAAUUAUUUUUUUCUUUUAACCUUUUUUUUUAAAAUCAGUGCAUUUUUAUCCUUGGUGAUGGUGACAGGCAGAGGGCUUACAACAUCAGCAGUCCCAUGUAAAGAAAAAAAAACUCAGUUUGGGAGAAAAUAUCUUCUGUCCCCUUUUUUUCACAAGUGGUAGUAAAUGUACUAUAGUCUGUUUUCAGUCCUUAUUGUGUAACUAAACUAUGUUUCUGUUGAAUCUGUGGUCAGUGUACAGCAGGCGUUGGCUGUGACAUAAUACAGAUUUAGCCAUCGAAGGGGUCCCACUUACUGCAUGCAUGUUGCACUAAAGCUCCAUUUCUGCUGAUAAAAUGAGACAAAUCUGAUUUUAUUUGGUAGAUACAGUGAAUGGUCUCACAGCCACAGUUUUACAGAGGGAAGAAUUUUACAUUACAGUAUGCAAUUUAGUUCAAUUGUAUAAACUUUUAGCAGGAUUUGUCCAUGUUUCUCGCUGCUCUCAGCGCUAUAGCAAGAUAGAAUUAUGAGGGACUUCUACAAUGGCUACUGUACCAGUGAGGAGUCGGAGAUCAUCUGUACAGUUUAAUGCCUUUGCCUGCCUCUUUCCCUUUCUGCCUGUCACAGCAAACCUAAAUGAUAUUCUCAUACACAAGCUUGUAUACUACUCAGAAAGAUGCUGUAUAAUGGCUAUGCAUUUGGUGGUAUAGCGUGAAUAUUUGGGACAUUGUAUUUGAUACUCUUCUUUUACUGUCAGUAAUGCCCCCCCCCCGCGCUUUCUCUGUUCCAACCGUAUAAAAACUUUUUCAUGUCCAUGUUUAGUUUCUCUUUAAAAAGCCAAGGAACGUUUUUUUUUAAAUGCACCGUGUCUUCUUCCCUCCUGAUGCGUUUCCCAUGUGCUGUACAAGAAAUGCUACGUGUGAAAAAUAAACCAGCCUUGUGUUCGUCCUUUCA